UCAUUCGAGUUUUGCUCCACUUCCUGGUUGUAGCUGUCAAACUCUGGCUACCAGCAGGCUAGGACAACAACCGAUGUCACGGUCGCCGCCCUGCAUCGCCCUGAGCGUGAGCGACUUUCUAUCUUCCACAAACCAAGACAGCUUGUAAUAUGGCAUUCAGGAAGGCCCUCAAAAGAACGGCUAUCAUAGGUGGUGGGGCUGCCGCCACCGUUUUUGGUCUGUCACAGCUCAUAGAGUAUCGGAAAAAGCAGCCAACCAAGAAUGGAUUGGUCCGGUUAGCUCACAUGGCAGCAGAAGCAAAACUGAAGGCUCCCUUUGCAGAUGAGCUUCCUUCCAGACAGGCGCAGCUUGCGACACUGAAAAGCAAAGACUUUGACGUCCUAGUAAUUGGAGGCGGAGCCACUGGUGUCGGAUGUGCCUUAGAUUCAGUCACACGCAACCUUAACACUGCUCUUGUCGAGAGGAAUGACUUCUCCUCAGGGACGAGCAGUCGAAGCACCAAGCUUAUCCACGGUGGGGUGCGCUACCUCCAAAAGGCCAUCAUGAAACUAGACUAUGAGCAGUACAUGAUGGUGAAAGAGGCCCUCCACGAGCGAGCCAACCUCUUAGAGAUUGCACCUCACCUAUCAGCGCCACUCCCCAUCAUGCUUCCUGUUUACAAAUGGUGGCAGCUUCCGUAUUAUUGGGCUGGCAUCAAGAUGUACGACCUUGUAGCCGGGAUCCAGUGUUUAAAGACCAGUUACGUCCUCAGUAAGACCAAAGCACUGGAGCUCUUUCCCAUGCUGAAGAAAGACAAGCUGGUGGGAGCUAUCGUCUAUUAUGAUGGACAGCACAAUGAUGCCCGAAUGAACUUGGCCAUCGGCCUCACUGCGGCCCGCUACGGUGCUGCCAUAGCUAACUACACUGAGGUGGUUCACCUGCUCAAGAGUAAGGACCCUCAGACCGGUAUUGACAAGGUUUGCGGGGCGCACUGCCGGGAUGUGCUCACAGGAGAGGAGUUCGACAUUAAAGCCAAAUGUGUGAUCAAUGCCACUGGGCCUUUCACGGACUCAGUGAGGAAGAUGGAUAGCCAGGAAAGCCAAAACAUCUGCCAGCCCAGUGCCGGCGUGCACAUUGUCAUCCCCGGUUACUACAGCCCUGACAACAUGGGCCUGCUGGAUCCCGCCACAAGCGAUGGCCGAGUCAUCUUCUUCCUGCCUUGGGAGAAGAUGACCAUUGCUGGAACUACAGACACUCCCACCAACGUAACAGCCCACCCCACCCCUGGGGAGGAUGACAUCAACUUCAUCCUAAGAGAGGUCCGCAACUAUCUCAGCCCAGACGUGGAAGUAAGACGGGGUGACGUGUUGGCAGCUUGGAGCGGAAUCCGUCCCCUAGUGACAGACCCAAACUCCAAAGACACUCAGUCCAUCUGCCGUAAUCACAUUGUCAGCAUCAGUGACAGUGGAUUGGUCACCAUUGCAGGGGGAAAGUGGACCACUUAUAGAUCCAUGGCUGAAGAGACUUUGGAUGCCGCCAUUAAAGCACACAACCUCCCAGCUGAGGAAUGCAAAACUGUGGGUCUGAUGUUGGAAGGUUCCAAGGGCUGGACGCCAACACUUUACAUCCGGCUAGUGCAAGACUACGGCUUGGAGCAGGAAGUGGCGCAACAUUUGACCUCUACGUAUGGAGGUAAGGCAUAUGACGUGGCCAAGAUGGCACAUGUCACGGGGCAAAGAUGGCCGAUCGUCGGGAAAAGGCUGGUGUCUGAAUUUCCAUACAUUGAGGCUGAGAUAUUAUACGCUAUAAAGGAGUACGCGUGCACCGCCAUUGACAUCUUAGCCCGGCGAACGAGACUAGGCUUCCUGAAUGUGCAGGCAGCUGACGAGGCCCUCCCACGCAUUGUACAGAUCAUGGGUAAAGAGUUGGGCUGGAGCCAGGAACGCAAGACGACUGAGCUGGAAGCCGCGAAGAAGUUCUUGUAUACUGAAAUGGGCUACCGAUCUCGCUCUGAGCAGUUGAACAAGACAUCUGAAAUGACUCUGGACAACCAGGAAAUAGCCAGGUACAAGCAGCGCUUUCAGAAGUUUGACAAAGAUCGCAAAGGGUUCAUCACAACAGUUGAUCUCCAGCAAGUCCUAGAUAGUAUCAAUGUCCAAAUUGAUGGGAAUUCUCUCCAUGACAUUCUUAACGAGGUGGAUGUCAACAAAAAUGGACAGAUUGAAAUAGAUGAAUUCUUAAAGUUGAUGAGCGCCGUCAAGAAGGGCCAUGUGUCCGAUAGUCGCCUGGCCAUCUUGAUGAAAUCAGCCGAGGAAACACUGGAUAUGAGGGGACCUGUGACGGUGGACCGCAGCGGAGGUGGAGUCUGAAUCCAGGAUUUCGUGAACGUCUCUUGUGAACAAUCUCAUUUGAAUGACAAUGCAAUCAGGCAGGGUAUUUGGCCAAAUCAAGAGGAAAUCGGUGGCGCUCCUGAAUGUUUGGGGUGAAAUAGAAUCCAAUGAUUGAGAUUUGUUUUCCAGUGCCGCCUGUUUGUUUGUGCGUUGAUUUGUUCUCAGCAUCAGGUGCCUCCAAUGUUCCACAGUGCACAAUGUGUCUAUUUAUAGCAUCUUUUUUUAAAAUCAAAUGUUUUUACUUUUAUAGCCUUAUAACACUCAUUUUUAAACUAGAUACUGAUUGUUGUUUAAAUACUGAUGGAAACUUUAGCUUUUAUUUUACAGGUCGACAAUCUCUUAAUACUGUAUGAGGGUGGUACAUUGAUUUGAUGCUAAUUAGAUGACUCCAAGUAUUUUACUUCUUUAUACUCUUCCCUUUAAAAAUAUAUUUGUUGUAAGCUGCCAAAUGAAACAAGACAUUGUAGACCUGCAAAGUAAGUUUCCAAUUGUUUCUGAACCCAGCGUUACUGUUCAGGUACUGACUUGUACUUCAACACCUAUUUACAGCUUAUUUUAUGCAAGAGAGACUCUUAGGAAGCUGAAGGUGUACAACUUGCUCAACAUCUGCCAAAGCACCUGCAUACUCCUACUGAUACUGAUGUUUACAGGUUUUGAGCUUUAGCUGUACUGUUUCUGCUGUAUUUAAAAUUAUUUACACCUUUUUUUAAACCACAUAAAUUAUUAGCAUAGAGAAUAUAAUAUAAAGGCAUAGAGAUAUUUGAUGGUUUCCAUAUAAAAUACAUAGACAUUUAUUUAAAAAGGUUGAAAAGGGAAUAUAUAUUUUUAUUUAGUGGAAAUGCAUGCUCUUAUUCUUCAAGUAUUGUAACAUAUUUUGUAAUAUUUUAAAGUUGCAUUUAUAUUUUUAUGUGAAACUCGAUCUGAGGAAUGUUGUGUUAGCAUCGUGCGUGAGUUGCUCAAUUUGAACAUGUCUUGCACACAGUGUUGUUUUUGACAGCCCUUUUAAUUUUCGUUUUAUUCUUAGUAAUACUUAUUAGACUUAGUCAUAUUUUAGUCAUUGUCAAAAUGUUUGUCUUCAUCUAGUUAUUGUUGACGAAAACUCAAGACUAAUUUCGUCUAGUUUUCGUCGACGUUAACAAAAAAUGUUUUCAUCUGUAAAAUAAAAUUUUUUUAAAAAGUACUCUUUACAAAAGCAAAGGUUUCCAACUAUUUCGAAUGAAUAUUGGCAUACGAGCACAUAUUGUAGCGUCUUCAAGGAUAACGCUAACUUAGUGAUGAUACACACUCGGCAGGAAAACAUAUUAUUUUCAAUUAAUUAUACCCACCUGGACGCCACAAACUGUACGUAAAAAAAAAGUUGUCCGAGAGUUUAAGACGACGCUUGCCAUUAGCAUUAGCCUAAUGCUAAUGUGAGUAUAGCAUAGCGUUGAAUGUGAAUGCUAAGCUAACGCUACGAGUUACAUUUAGUGUGUAAUGAUCAGUCAGCGUCGACCUUUAAAGGCUCAAGCAACAUUGCAUGUUUUCUCUGGCAAAGAUAGAAAACAAAUCUUACAGUGUGUGCAAUGCUGGACAUAGGAGAGCAGCAGCACAUCACAUGAGUGACACAACCAGACACUGCUAUGAUGCAGGCUAACUACACUUAAAAUGUCACACACUGUAAACGUGACGGAAACUAUGGCGCAUUUUCGUUUCGUUGUCUCGUCAGACGAAAACUGGCAUUGGUCUCGUUAUGUUUUAGUCCCCCAAAAAACGUUUUUAGCCCGUUAUUGUCUCAUCGUCAUGAAUUGUUUGUUGACAAAAUACUUUCGUUAAAGUCAUCGUUGAUGAAAACAACACUGCCUGCACACCUAAUGUUCGAAUUAUGAAAGAAGAAAAAUGUUACGUGUGCCUUCCAUGUUGACACAAAGCUACUGGCUGAUACUGCCGUGUCAUCUCACUACAUUUCCAAGGUUUCAUGUGCUUCUAGGUGCUUUUGAUUUGUUAAAUUUUAACAAUUCAACUGCAGGAGCGCACACUUAGCUUUUAUAAAUCUUUAAGAAUGUUAUUCAUCCAUCCGGCCUCCAGGAGUUCAUGUCAGCACAUGCUUCUGUGUUACUUGUCACCUCUUCCCACAGUCAACAGUGUGCUUUGAGUGUGUCGUCACAUUGGGCUUGUCUUGUGUAUUUUGACGGUGAAGACCGUCAAACUGCCAACUUUUGCUCAUUGCUUUAACGGGUAUCCCGAUGUUUGUCUCCUUUUGGAUGAAAUUACAGCUUUAUCUCUGCUCAAAGAGAAUCAUGUUCCGUUUUCUUUUGCCACCACCUGUACUAUAAGAAUACUUUUGAGCCAGUAUUCUGAAGAGACAACACAAUUAUCUAAUUAAAUGUAUCUUGUUGCUCGAACAGCUUUGUGUUUUUGUCUCAUGUUGUCUGACGUCAUUCCCACUGGGCACCGAGUGACAAGGCAUCAUGUGAACAUAUAU